UCCCUCUCGAUUCAGCAGCUCUAUAAAACCUAGGGCACGAUUUGUUGCACUCUCGCCCUAUCUCCAUUCUAUAAUGGCAACACCAGCUAGAGCCGAAAUUCUAUCUCUCUUCAGGUCUUUGCUAAGAACAUCUAAAAAUUUCUCAGACUAUAAUAUCAGGGAGUAUGCUAAGAGAAGAACUAUUGAUGGAUUUCAUCAGAAUAAGAACCUUUCAGAUCCUUCAUCAAUUUCUUCCGCGUUUUCAGAAGGAAAGUCUCAACUCGAAGUAGCUAAAAGACAAUCGAUUGUUUACUCUUUGUAUGCUCCUAAAUCAAAGAGUGUCAUGGAAAUGCCGAGCUUAUGAUCAGCAUCAUCAAGAUUAUCUCUCUGGUACUUGUUUUUGUUUCUUCAAUUUCGUUUGUGUCAAUUAGUAUUGAAAUGUUAUGAAAUAAUUGUUAAUUUUGGAUUUUAAUGACUUGGGUCGAUGACUUUGUAGUUUCUGAUUAAUGGGUUUGUGAUAGAAUUCUUAUCUAUGUUGAUUUUUUUCUCAA